CCCCCCCCUCUCCACAAUCACAACACAAACACAAACUCUACAACAACAUCUCACACACUCUCACUAGAUACACACUUUCAUAUAAAGUUAUCAUCCCCCAAAAUGGCCCACAAAAUCAUGUCUCUAGGCCUCGCCUUCGCUGUCGCCACUGCGAUCCUCUCGGCCCGCUACGCCGUGGCGCAGACGGGCUGCGUGACGGCGAUCAUCAGCCUGGCGCCCUGCCUAGGGUUCAUGACGGGCAAUACCUCCGUCCCCGGCUCGCCGUGCUGCUCGGCGCUUUCCAGCAUCCUGCAGUCUCAGCCGCAGUGCCUCUGUGCCGUGCUGGGUGGCGCCGCCUCGUCCCUCGGUGUCGCUAUCAACAACACUCGCGCACUCGAGCUCCCCGGUGCCUGCAAAGUCAAAACCCCGCCGGUUAGCCAAUGCAACGCUGUUUCCGGCGCACCGGCUGCAUCGCCGACUGCUUCUCCAACUCCUGUUACGACCACGCCGGCGACGCCGACCACGCCGGAGACCCCAACAAUGCCAAGUGGCGCUACCACGCCUGCGACGCCGACGACGCCGACCACACCCUCAGUGCCAAGUGCCUCAGGAACAGGCUCUAAGACCACUCCUUCCACCACAGCCCAAUCAUCCGAUGGGGUUUCUACAAAGUCGGCGACGAUUUCCGUCUUAUUCCUUGCGGCUUUAGUAUCCGUUGCCGUAUUCUAGAGUGCUACGGAUUACUACUGCUCCAGUCUCUUAUAUUGUGUACUGUGGUUUACUUAUCACAUUGAGUCGUUUGUUUGAGUGUAGUUGUUGUUUUGUUUUGUAUUCUUUUUUUUUUUUUGGUUAUUUCAUGCUUGUUUUGUAUUCUUGAUAUUUGGGAUUUAUAUUUUGUAGAUGUUGUAAUUUGGAUGGUUGAAUAAAAAUAUUAUUUGUUA